AUGACGUCCACUGCCAACACCGUCGAGGUUAGGAAUAUCGCAUUGUCGACGUCCGACAAUGAGGUCAGGGACUUUUUCAGCUUUUGCGGCAAGGUGUCCGACAUCCACGUCACUGCCAACGCCGAAACCAAAUCCGCCACCGUAACCUUCGAAAAGGAAACGGCCAUGAAGACGGCUCUCCUCCUCAACAACACCCAGCUCGGCGCCAACACUAUCACCGUGACAAGCCCCACGGGCGCCACCUCCGAAGGCGGAACCCCCGAGGUGCACGCGGCCGACCGCGACACGGACGAGAUCACGCAGGAGAUGAAGCCGCGCGCCCGCAUCUUGGCCGAGUACCUAGCCCACGGCUACAUCAUCGGCGACGCGGCCCUCGAGCGCGCCAUCGAGCUCGACAACAAGCAUCAGGUCACCAACAAGUUCUGCGCCACUCUGCAUCACCUCGACGAGAAGUACCACGCUGCCGAUAGGGCGAGGGCCGCGGACGAGUCGUACGGCAUCACGGCCAAGGGAAAGAACUUCUUGACGGAGAUUGGGUCGUUCUUUGAAAAGGCGAGCAACACGCCCACGGGGAAGAAGAUCGUCAAGUUCUAUACUGAGAGCUCGAGGCAGGUGCAGGAUAUUCAUAACGAGGCUUUGAGGCUGGCGGAGUUGAAGAAGGAGGCUCAUGGUGGCAGCGCGUACAAGGCCUCUGGUCUUGAGAAGGUGUUUGGAAAGGAGCAUGAGAAGACGCCCCCUGCCCCAGGGCCAGCGGGUGAAAAGAGCGCUCCUGCGCCUGCCCCGACCUCUUAA